GAAGUGGUUAGUGAUGACUGAGGCCACGGACCUACUUCACCGUUUCCUACUGUCCUGAAAGUCUCAGACAGAUAGCACCAGCGUUGAGUGAACAAGGACAGAAGUAAAGUGGCUGCCAUGUAGCGAUGGAGGACAGAGUAUAGUUUACGAUGUCUGACGCAAGAAGACGAAAGGGUAAAGGUGGAGGUCGUAGUACAGACCCAAGGUCAAGGUCAAAGACGCCGACAGAGAGCGGAAGUGAUGGGGGAGCGCCUGACGUGGUUACAUCCAUCUUCAGCAAUGUGAUCCUGGGGGUGAUAAUGAUGUGUGUGUGCGGCUACGCCCAUGCCUGGCUAAUGUACACACUGCAUGAAAAUAGAAUGUGGUUCACAAACAUCAAGGAGGUGGAGAGGGAAAUAUCAUUCCGCACAGAGUCUGGCCUGUACUACUCCUACUAUAAACAGAUGGUCAAGGCUCCAUCUAUAUCACAAGGUAUCUACGACCUGAUCCAUGACAAGGUGACAGAACACCCGAGUGUCAUCAACAUCCUAGAAAGAAUGAACAUCUACCAGGAGGUGGUCCUGGCCAUCAUGUACAGAGUCCUGGGGGUCAAGAUGUUGCCGAUCCUCUUCUACAUCAUAUGUACCUUUGCACUCCACGCCCUGCUGGUGGCUGCUCUCUUCACGUCAGCAUGGAUUCUCAGUGGGACAUGGCUGGCAGGCGUCCUUACAUCAGGGUUCUAUGUUGUCAACAGGAUUGACACAACUCGUGUUGGUUACACCAUUCCCCUGAGAGAGAGUUUCUCCCUCCCAUUCCUGUGGGUCCAGGUGACUGCCAUUACAAUCUACUUCCAGGCAGGUGCCAUUUCCAAACUUAAAGAGAAGGUGCUCCUGGCAGUCAUCCUCACGUUCACAUUCCUCUUCGCGCUUUGCUGGCAGUUCAACCAGUUUGUGUUCCUGCUGCAAGUGUCGACUAUAUUCGGGGUCUGGAUCCUUGGCAUCAUCCCAGCUUACAAGGUACGCAACAUGCUGCAUGUGUUGAUGGCCACCAUGCUGCUGGUGUGCCUCUUCCAGUUCAUCAACAAGAUGAUCCUGGUGUCCCUCGGGAUGAGCCUCGUCCUGGCUUCGUAUGCUGUCAUGUACAUCAAGGGGGAGGUGGAGAGAUCUGCUGGUGUGAUCAAGGGAAUCGUGACGACGGUCGUCUACAGUGUGCUGGUGCUGGUGCUGGCGGGAGUCAUCACGACACUGCUCAAGCUCCUGCUGCAAGUUGAUGCUGAUGACCACAUAUUCAAGUUCCUGAGUGGGAAGUUUGGUUACGGGAACCAGAGGGACUUUGACUCCCGUCUGUACCUGUGUCUCGGGGCGUUCAACUUCCUGACUGGCGACACAUAUGAACGCCUGACAUCUGGGCUGGUGUUCCCUCCCUAUGCUCUGUGUCAUGCUGCCAUGCUCAUCAUACUGGUCAUCGCUGUCAUACAGAACUUCAGUAAACCAAAUGAAAGCAAGAUGGCUGCUGAACCAGCAGCAAAUGGCAAGAGCCAGUCUGCUGGAGACAAGGUCAAGGUCACAGAGACACCAGCCAGGCACAUCCUCAGCAACCGACCAGAAGUGGCCUAUAUAGCAAUUCAGACGUUGUUGUUUGGUCUGCUGGCCAUGUCCACGCUGAGGAUGAAGUACCUGUGGACGCCGUACAUGUGUGUGCUGGGAAGUGUGGCCUUUGUAGACAACGCCAUGUGGAAAGCUGUCAUGAAGAAGUUCAAGUUGAAGGAAUUCUCUGUCCAGAUGAUGAGAAACUCAGCUCUCAUUGUGGUCAUGGCUGUCCUGUUUGCUAGGGAAUGGCCGACAGUGCAAGGUGAGCUGGGUGACCUGCGGGAAUUCUACGACCCCGACACGGUGGAGCUGAUGGAGUGGAUCAACAAGGACAUUCCCAAGACCUCCUCGUUCACCGGCAGCAUGCAGCUCUUGGCCGGGGUGAAGCUGUGCACGGAGAGACCAAUCACCAACCACCCUCACUACGAGCACAAAGGCCUGCGCAUUAAGACCAAGGAGCUGUACCAGAUAUACGGCAAGCGUGAACCAGCAGACGUCCACGCGAUCCUGAAGAAACACCAGAGUAACUACAUCAUCCUGGAGGACUCCAUCUGCCGUGCGGCCUCCACCGGCUGCCGCGUCCCCGACCUCAUAGACUUUGACAAUGGACAGGUGCCGGACAAUGGAAACAAGGAAGAUGGGCUGGAGUACAGCAACACCCCACGCUUCUGUGAACAAAUACGACAUGAUCAACCAAAUUUUACCAAAUAUUUCAAGAAAGUAUUCGAGAACAAAACGUUUAGAGUUCACCAAGUGCUCUGAUAUGGGGGAAAUAUUAUUGAAUGAGUAGUUAUACCAUGUACACCCAUUUUGCCACCAGAAAUCCCAAAGGUUGUGAUUGCAUAAUUCUAUUUUUUUCUCCUUCAAAUAUAUUUCUCCUUAUACUACAGCUGCCAUGUUUAUUUUUUACACAUUGGACAUUUUUACAUGAACACAGAACACACUCCUUGUCAGGCUGAAUAACUGCUGCAGAAUGAAACCACUAUUUAAACCUAUGCUUAAUGCUUACUUCUGAUGAAAGUACCUCUCAGCGGGGUGGAAAACGUUUACAGCAUUAGACAACAAACUCUAUACUCAAUGAUUCUUGUAAUGGCAAUACCCAGAAUGGCAGAAAGAUAGUUGCUGCAGCACCCAACACAACUAUCCUCAAUGCUCAAAGUCUUUUUCUUGCAAUAUUAGUAUCAAGAAUAGCUACGGCAUUAGACAACAGCCAACUCCAUGCUCAAAGCUUUUGUUUUGUAAAUAAGAGUACCCAGAAUUGCUGCAGUUUUAGACAAAGAACAUCUCCUACAGUCAAAGCUAAUAUGUACAAUAUCUAGAAUGGAUGGAGUCCCAUCAACCUUCUUCCAUGGUCAGUCAUCUUCACCAGUGCAGGGUAUAUUUGAAGUCUCCCUUUUCAUCAUAGCCCAUGUUCUGUGUCCCUCUAGAUUGUGUGGAUCUUCCACUGGGUGCAGCUACUGUGUGUAACCCUAUGGUCAGUAGAUCUGUCUCUCACACUCUGUUUUGGCUGUGUACCAGCGUAGUCCAAUGUUCAGUGAGACCCUCAAUCUUCUCCACAGUUAUACAUUCAGCAUAUAAAGGUUCAUUUAUCCCCAAAUCCAGUUCUAGAUGAUGAUAUUUAAGAACCAGAAUGGUUAAAUAUGUUUUCCGGGGAUCUCUACUAAGGUCUUGUUUUUUCAUGAACACAAAGCGAUCUUAUCACUACGAUCAUCGUAAGCCUAUGUUAAAGUAUCAGAGCUUCGAUUGCCUUAGCGUUAAGAUUGCUUUUGGGAACGAGGCUCAGGGUCCUGUUCCUCAAAGCGAUCUUAUCACUACGAUCAUCGUAAGCCUAUGUUAAAGUAUGAGAGAUUUGAUUGCCUUAGCGUUAAGAUUGCUUUUGGGAAAGAGGCUCAGGGUCCUGUUCCGCGAAGUUCCUCAAAGGUGAUCGUAAGUCCCAUACUUUAGCAUACCGGUAGACUUGCGAUCAUCAUAGCACUAAGAUUGCUUUGAGGAAGGAGAGGCUCAGGUCAUGUUCCUCUCCCCGACACACAGACUUUUGUACCUGAAGAGAAUGGAUGAAUCAAUCACAUGACAUGGCUAGAUGUAUUUUCAUAUGAUCUGAUUUUACUAUAUUUUUUUAUGACUUCCUGAAGGCAGUAUCAUAACAUUAGCUGCAACAGAUAAACAAACUGCUUCCUUGUUGAAGACAGCCAUGUAGAGGUUUCUCCACAUGAUAUUGAUAUGUCUGGAAGUGUUUUUAGAAGGCAUUUAUGUUAAGUGCUAAUGGACAAAUGAUGAAUAGAACAAAUCCAUGACAUGUGCUCACAAAGCUCCCGGUCCUACGCCAGUUAUGAUUUACGUUUCUACAUAACCUGUAAACCUAUGAUUGUGGGUUUGAAUCCUGCUUCGCCUCAAUUAUUUCUAUUUUUGUCAGCACCAUACCCCUGCUCGUGGGUUUCACCAAAGUGGUAAACAUCUGAGACCUGCACUACUUCAGCUUUUCCUACCACAUUAAGCUUACAUGCCGUGAUAUAACUGGAAUACUGUUCGGCGGCGUUAAACUUAAACACUGACUCAACCUUUUUGCUCCCUGUUUACAACCGUUGUGAUUUAUAUUUGUACAAUGAGACCACAGAACAUAUCCCAUUCCAAGUGAUGCUUAUUAAUUUCCUAACAGCAUAUCUCAUCGUCAAAGGGUUCCUCCACAAUUUCUGCUUGCAGUUACAGCAUUGUCAUGUCCAGAAAAGGAAUUCCAUUGUGACCUAUUUAGGUCUCAAGAGUUAGGUCUUCCAGCCUUUUGGCAUCACCCAGUGGUUUCCUUGAAUGACCUACAGUACCGGUAUUUUACAAAUGCAACCUUCAGUGAUAGUCAUUCUUAUGUCAUCUUACUUUCUCAUUUUAGAGCAUUGUGUGAAAUGUGUGACUGUAUUAAUGGUGUGGCGUGUUAGUGUUGUACAUGAAUGAAUCUCACGGGGUUGGUGUUAUCAGGGUAUUUGUGGUGUUUUGUUCAGAUGGUCUUCAGUGUUUCAUCAUAUAGGGUCAGCAUAGAACUAGAAGAAAGGUGUCUGUGACAGGUCUAUCCUGCACAUCUAAUGUUCAGGGUGCUGAAGUGGCACUGUAUGGAUCAGGCAUGAGAAUUUUCCCCGGAUUCCCGUUUUUUUUCCUCUCAGAAUGAUGUAAAAUGCACUUAUUUAAUUCCUAGAACCCCCUAGAUUGGCAAUGUUCCUCCAAAAACCAGAUUUGCAAUUCUCAUGUCUGAUGGAUGCUUAUUAUUAUAGGUGAAAAGACCUAGGGCUUCUGCAAAUGAUAAUGCCCUAAAAAAAAACGUUACCAUUAUUAUAGCUAAAAUGGAUGGAAUUUUUUUCAAAUAAUAAGAAACAACAAUAUCGGUUUUGAAACAUUUACUGCAAUCAACAG